AUGACCAUAGAAGCUUCAGAAUGGACAUCAUCAGACUGGGCUCCCCUACCAACGCUCCAUUCCAUCCGUCUGCUCAGGGUUACACUUACAGAUGAGGUGCCUAUCGAAUUGGACAUCUCUCUUCGCGUCGUCGAUCUGAACGAUAAUCCAACGUACAACUGCCUAUCCUACACAUGGGGUAACCCUCUCAUGAAUGACACCAAUCAUUAUGCCGACCACCGCGUUCUCUGCAACAACAAAUGGACCUAUGUUGGCUACAACCUCUUCGAAGCUCUACGCACACUCACCGAAUUGGACGCACAACAUACAGCAGACAUCUGGGUCGACAAACUCUCCAUCAAUCAAUUGGAUGUGGAAGAGCGAUCUUCGCAGGUGAGAAUGAUGGGAAGAAUAUAUCGAGGCGCCACAAACGUGCUCGCAUGGCUAGGUCCUGCAGACGAAGACACCGCGAUUGCUGUUCAAGUAAUCGAGACGUUGUCACAGGCAAACAUCGACAACGACAAGAUUCAUGCAUGGGUUCUACAAGAGGGCUGGCUGGCUGCGAACCUACACUUCUACUGCGGCAACUAUCACAUAAGCUUCGACACCAUGGCCGAUCAUCACUGGAACAUGCACCACAUGCCCUGGGAUCACUGGCACGGCAGACAACGACCGAGUUCUGAUCUAGCAAGAUUGCAGCGUGAGACCGGAAACGAGACCUAUAUUUAUGCAAGAAGCCAGAUCAAUUCGAUCAAGAACCAUCGUCGUAUGGUCCGAAACGCCGACCUGAAGAAAGCCAAACCUGGCGAUGGUCUAUUGUAUCCGCUUAACAUCAUAGGCUCGAUUGAGAUGUUCCAGGAUCACUCCGGCGCCUCUAAUCGUGGGCGCUUUGCAACUGAUCCACGGGACAUGAUCUUCUCCACGCUCUCGAUGUCGAAUUAUCCCCAUCUAAUUCCAGAUUACAGCCAGUCCGUGCGCGACACUUUCACACAUAUAGCAAAGUAUGUGGAGGAGAAAUCAUGCUUCUUCGGCAUGGGCCACAUUGAAGACCAUUCUUUCCGUGUGCGACACGACCUUCCCUCAUGGAUGGCAGACUACACGUCAGUGCUUCGCCCCAGUCCGUUCUCAUCUAAAGGCGGAUUCUACAGAGCUUCGGGCGAGCUGGGCGAGGUCCUAAAAGUUGUUUUCGACGACACAGCAAACGACAUCCUUGCAGUGAAAGCGCUACACAUCGACACCGUGGCUCAAGUCGAGGGCACUUGGGCAGACCUGAUGGCAGGUGACGCAAUAGCUGGAUAUAUAGAUCUGGUCAACAAGAUGCCUGUGACGUACAAGAACGGCGAAAAUCGUGCGGAGGCUCUCUGGAGAACUCUCAUUGCCGGACGGCCAGGUAACGGGCCUCGUCCGCCAGACUCGAGCUGGACGGCCUUUGUCCGCGAGGCUUUAUUUAUGCUUGUGAUAUAUUCGGUCACGAAGUCGAUGUACGCAGCGGAGUUCGCACCUCCCACAGAUACGGGCACUGGUCAUCCUCGAAGUCUCAAGGAUGUCCUCAGAAUUCAGACUAUGCUGAAUAAGAUGAGAGCGAUCUCAGCGACCGACGGCACCGAUGUGUUUCCAGAUCCGGAUGCGGUUAACGACUUCUACAGCCAGCAACACCAACAAGUCGAAGAUGCUAUUGCUAUGCAGGAUGAGCCAGGGUCCUUGCUCAACAUGUUUCCCGGUGCAUGGGAGUACUAUGAUGCUCUUCGAAACUUCCUGCCUUAUCGACGUCUGUUCAGAACAAAGUCCGGCUACAUUGGAAUCGCUGGACAGUCUCUUCAAGCUGGGGACGAGGUGGUGCUGGCACAGGGGUCGGGACAGCCUUGGAUCGUCAGACAUAGACCAGAUAGUGAGCGUUACAGGUUUGUGGCGGCUGCUUUUUUGCAUGGCAUCAUGAAUGGGGAACUGGUUGAAGACUUGAAGGAGAACGCUGUGCGGAUGGAACUAGACUGA